GAAAUACCUAUUUGUGAUUUUUAUUUUUGUUUGUGAUUUCACAUUGUUCCUGCAGAAUUAUUUCGCUCUGUUUCAUUGUCUCGGAUCAUACCCUUUAUUGGGGAAUUUUCUUUUUUGAGAGAGAUUGAGGGUGCUUUGCUCUGAUUUGCCUGAAAGAUUCGAAAACUUUGCUGGGUUUGAUUGCUGAGACUGAAAAACCAAAAGAGAAAAAAAAAAAAAAAAAAACUCUCUUCUUUGUGCUACCGAUGCCAGAUACUCGGCAGACUCAGAAAAAUGCUGUUCCAAAUCAAUCCGAUGGUAACAUUGAAGAUGCAAUUUGGCGGUUGAAAAUCAAUGAUAAUCAGGAAGGGGGUGGUGUGGCUCAAUCAAACGUGCUCCCGGAUCGACCCGGCGAACCCGAUUGCAUAUUUUAUUUGAGGACUGGUUCGUGUGGAUAUGGAAAUAAUUGUCGUUUUAAUCACCCUGCUUAUGCUUCACAGGGUGCUCAGUUCAAUGGAGAUCUUCCUGAAAGAGUUGGACAACCUGACUGCGGGUAUUUUCUGAAGACAGGGACUUGCAAAUAUGGGUCAACUUGUAAAUUUCAUCACCCAAGAGACAGGCGCGGUGCUGGACCAGUUUCAUUCAACAUCUUAGGUUUCCCCAUGCGCCAGGAAGAAAAGUCAUGUCCUUAUUACAUGAGAACUGGAUCAUGCAAGUUCGGAGCUGCAUGCAAGUUUCAUCAUCCCCAGCCUGCUUCUCUUGGAACCGUGUUUCCUGCUCCCCCUCCUGCUUUUGGAUCAGCGGGAUCCGCAGUGCUGCCUUCUUCAAAUCUACCUUAUGCAGGUGGGCUUCCGGCAUGGUCUUUCCCAAGAGUGCCCUAUGUACCUGGUCCACAACCACAACAACAACCUUAUGUGCCUGUUGUUAUUUCUCCUUCUCAAGGCAUUAUAUCCGCAGGAGGCUGGAACACCUACGUGGGGAACGUGAGCCCUGUGCCUUCCACCGGUAUUGUUGGAUCCAAUCUUGUUUACAACCCUAGGAAUCCCGUGGAGUCGGGUUCCGCUGGACAAAUGCACUUGUUAUCAAAUUCAGGUCUUAGUCUCCCUGAGAGGCCCGAUCAACCAGAAUGCCGGUACUUUAUGAGCACUGGGAAUUGCAAAUAUGGUACAGAUUGCAAGUAUCACCACCCAAAAGAAAGGAAUGCACAAUCCGCAAGCAAUCCACUUGGACUUCCAUCACGGCCCGGGCAAGCUGUAUGUUCGUAUUACAGUAUGUAUGGCAUCUGCAAAUAUGGUCCAACUUGCAAAUUCGAUCACCCACCCUUGUCCUAUCCUUAUAACUACGGUCUGAGCCUUCCUGCCAUGCUUGAUUCACCUUUUCUAAGUCAUCAAAGAAGCUUUGCAACAGUCCCAACAAUCGAGACUUCUCACUCCAUACCAGCAAAAUCUUUUGAUGUGGUGCAGAAACCAUUGAAAAACAAAAGUUGGAACUCGGAAACAAGGCUAUCGGAAGAUUCGUCUAAACAUGUUGGUUCUUUGGUGCACACACCGCCUUCUUCAGAAGCUUCAGAGGAUCAAUCCGGGUGAAGACUUUUUUGUUCCUAUUUAUUUUCCUCUUUGCGCAUGUCCUUCUCUCGAUUAGUAUCUUUGAAGGGAACAUCUAUUACAUGCACCUUCUGUCCCCCCAUUUUCGCCUGCGGUUCUGAGUGAAUAGGUUGUUUGAAAUCAAUUCGAUGAGAGUCUGGGGAGAUGGAAGACACAUUUUUUUUGUGGUGAAUAAUACGCAGGUGGAAGAUUGUAAGAUUUUUUUUUUUUUUUUUUUUUUUUCCUUUUUUCCUGGAUCUUCAACUACUCUAUCCUGGGAUGUUUUUUUAACUCCCUUUUUUCUUUGAUAGUUAAAUUACACAAGUACAUUUCAGACUA